AUGACAGAAUUUGAAAAAAUUGAAAUAAAGGAUAGACACGUCUUUCAUGGUAACGAAUUUCCGGUGGCCUUUAAGCUCAAGGAUCCUUCUCUUUCUACUGAAGGAGUUUUACUGCUCUUAGAGAAAAAGGCAUCUGAAGGUUUCUUCAACGAGCUUCUCGACAAACAUGGGGCUGUUCUUUUGAGAAAUCUUGGUGGCUCAGACCCUAGUACCUUAAGCAAAUAUAUAAACGCUAUAGGGACCUACAGUGGCCAUCGUAAUUUUGUUCAAAAUGGAUCUACGGCAAAAAGAACAGAAAUUAAUGAGAUAUUGAGUACUGCCAACGAGGGUCCUCCAGAUAGGAUUAUUUACCAGCAUAAUGAGUUUUCUAGAUUCGUGAAAUAUCCUCGGUGGCUAUUUUUUGUCUGUGAAAAGUUUACAGGUGAAGAUGGAGAAACCCCAAUUGUUCAUGGAGGUGAGCUAUUUGAAGACCUUUUUAAGCAGAAUCCUGAAGGAGUUAAAGAUUUGGCAAGACAUGGCGUGUAUUUCGAGCAGAUUUGGCCUCGAGUCACAGAUAAUAAUACUAGUUGGUCUGACAGAUUCUGUUUUGGUAGGUAUUUGAACAACAAUGAUGAUAUUGAAGAACAAAAAAAAAAAGCUGAGAUCGUAGUGAAAGAUUCAGUGAGUCCUAAAUUUGAAUGGGAUAAUGAUAAUAACCUAAUUGUUCAUCAACAUAGUGCCCCGAUACGUGUAUUUAACCCGACUACAGGGGACAAAUCGUUUCCUGUAUUUUUCAACAGUAUCGCUGCAUACUACGCUGACAAUAAAUAUAAGAUAACUGGAAGCAAAAAGACUGCAGAUUUGAAACACAACAAUGGUGAAAGAAUUUCCGGAAAGCUUUUGGAUCAAAUUUUAGACUCUUCGAUAAAAUUACAAUAUAAUCACAAAUGGGAAACAGGUGAUGUGGUUAUCAUUGACAAUUACCAAGUCAGUCACGGUCGUCUUCCAUGGAAAAACGGCGAUAGAAAAGUGUUGGUAAGCAUGUGGGAUUUUCCAGAAAAACCUGAGUAUGAAGUAUGGAAGCCUUAG